CUCCUCCAGUCCUCCCUUCCCCGGAACCGGAAGCAAACCAAGCCGCCCCCGGCCGAGAGCGCGCGCGCCGAUCUGCGUCCUCUCCAACUCCAACCCGAUCGCUCCUGGCGCCCAACCGAACCAGAUUUAUGCGGCGGUCUUGCUGCCGCGCGCUCCAGUCAUGCAGCAGAGCAGCAUCGGGAAAGAACAGAGUUUGACUGCCGCGGAGUCGCGGGGAGAUUGGUCUCGGCUCCGGCAAUGGCGAGCCUUUCGGACUCGGGCGGCGGUGGCGGAGCCGGCGGCGGCGGCCGGUCUGGCGCGGAGCUGAUGGUCCCGCAGUUCCACCUCAAGGCGCUGCACGCCAUCCUGGCGGUGCGCGCGCCGCGGCCGAUCGCGGCCCCGCCCGCCUCGUCCUCGGCGGCGGUCCGGCGGCGGGACAGGUGGUUCCACCUCCCGCUCCACGCGCCGCCGCCGCCGCCCGCGGCGGAGACCAUCCCGGAACCCUCCCUCGGGGAGCCGGUCGUGGUGGACAUCUACCUCUCCCCAUCUUCCACCGGCGGCGACGAGGAGGUGGUGGAGCGCUGGACCGUCUCCUGCGAGCCCUGGUCCGCGGCCGCCGCGGCGGAAGGGCUGGCCGUGAACCGCGCCUACAAGCGCUGCAUCACGCUGCUGCGGUCGCUCUACACCACGCUGCGCCUCCUGCCGGCGUACCGCGUCUUCCGCACGCUCUGCAGCGCGUCCGGGCACGCCCACAGCCACGCGAUGGGCUACCGCGUGGGCUCCUUCGCGGCGCCCUUCUCCCGCGCCGAGGAGGCGGCCAUGCGCACGCGCCGCCUCGCGCCCGUCGAGACGCAGCUCGGCCGGCUCGCCGUCUCCGUGCAGUACCUGCCCAGCCUCGCCGCCUACAGCUUCGAAAUCUCCUCGCUUUCCUCCGUCAUGCUCAUCAACGACUACGUCGGGAGCCCCGCGGCCGAGCCUAUGCGCGCCUUCCCGGCCUCGCUCACGGAGGCGGCCGCCCCGCUCCCCUCCCGGCGCCCCAACAGCUGGGCCUCGCCGGCUUACUGGCCGCAGUCGCCCGCCAAGUUCUCACCGCCCCCAACCAUGUACGCGUCUCCCACGCCCUCUCCUCCCACCUUUGCCGGCGGCUACCUGCAGUCCCGGCUCAGUGGGGAGACCGCGCCGAUGAGCAUACCGCAAGCCGGCGGAGGGAGGGGCCCUGUCCAGUACCGGAACAUGUCUGAUCCUAGUAAGGGGUUCAUGCUACCUCCACCUUCACCCAACAAGAACAUGAGAGGAGAAGCGGGGUCGCACGACUCACCCACAGAGAACAGCCGCUCAUUCAGGAGGCCAGACGGACUACGGAUGGGCGAUCUCUAUGCUAAUUUGCCUGCUGCUACAAAGAUUAAGGACAGUAGGGAGGAGUCUGGCAGGUUCUCAGGUGUAUUUUCGUCUAGCGGUUCCCCACGGCAUGGGAUUUCAAGAAGUUCAAGUAGAUUGUCUACGCAGGAUGAUACUGAUGAUACAUAUCUUCCGUUUGCUGUGGAUGAUGUUGAUCCCGAUUCUAGACCUGGGAGCAGUGGCGGUAAGGAGGAUCAGUCGGGUUCAUCCUCCCAUAAAUCACAAGAUGCCGCUGUUGGCUAUCUUGUCCAUCUGCUAAGGUCUGCACGCCCAUUGCGAGAUCCUAGCAAUUCCUCUCUCACGUCGAGGGCCGAAUCAACUGAAGCAGGCAGCACCAGCUCGUUCAUGUCCCGCAGGACAUCUGAUGCAUUUGAGGAGCUCGAAUCAUUUAAAGAAAUAAGGGAGAACCUGCUUUCCCGUAGCAGAUCUAGACUCCAAGAUUCACUGGGUAGGUCCUAGCACCAGUUACUCUAUUCUUCUCAGCUUAAACAGGCGAAGGCUCUCCCAAUCAGUCGGAUCAUGGAGGAGAUUACAUGAUAGGGUCGGAUAUCUCCAUGAGCUAUGUAUAUAUAACCAUCAACUGGCCCUCGCUGUGCUCAGCUCGUUCCUGAACUCAAGCAGCAUUGUGAUCCGCCUCUGUUCAUAGUGUUUUGUAUGAAGGCAAAACCGGCCGGAUACACGUCGCUGGAAGCCUGUGACGAGCAGGGCGCACUGGUGUGCGUUUGGAGACUGAACAAUUUAUUUAUUCCAUGUCUGCUCAUUGUGCGACUGCUCUUAAUAUGUUAUAAACAACUAUGUCCUAAGCUGAAA